ACGCCUCUGCUUUGCUUUGCUCUGCUCUGCUUUGCUUUGCCGCCCUCCGUCUACUCGUCACGCUCGCUGCCUGCUCCUCUCCUCCUCCUCCACCUGCGCCUGCCGACUCUCAACACCAGAACUGCCCCCUACGCCUCCUCAUCGCUGCAUCCGACCCUGCGCCACCGCGUCUGCCUGCUGCACACCAUGCCCAGCCAGCGCUACGAGAGGGUAGCCGCCCAGGACGAAGAUGACUCUCACGCAUCGUCGACAUCGGCUCAGCAGUGGCCCCCGGCCUCGCCACCACCCUCCUUUCACUCGCGCGCAUCAUCCCCCAAUGGAACCUCACGACGCCUCUUAGCACAGGACCCGGCACCCACCGAUGAAGACCGAACUCUCGCAGACACGUUUGAUUCCGACUCAGACGACGACGACGAUGACAAUGGCGACGAUCGACAGCGCUUGAUGCGGGGAAACCCCCGAAGCGAGGACGAGCCUCCAGUCCCCGGCAUCCAGAGACGGGUCACCGAACUGCCCGUAUUCAACACACAGGCUCCCACCAGUGGCCGCGUCUACGGCGGUGGCAAUGGCGGCGUGUGGGCAAAUCUCAGCGCAAAGCCCACUCGGGGUGAGGAUGCCGAGGAGAAGCCUCCCACAUACGAACAAGCCGCCGCAGAUGCAACACCGCCAUAUUGGGAAACAACCAUCCUCGCCCCCGGCACCUUUGGCGACGAAGUUUUUGUCGAGGGCCUUCCCGUCGGUUCCCUCUUCAGCUUCCUCUGGAACGCCAUGAUUUCCAUGUCCUUCCAACUCGUUGGCUUCCUGCUUACCUAUCUGCUCCACACCACCCACGCUGCAAAGAAUGGUUCCCGUGCUGGUCUUGGCAUCACGCUUGUGCAGUUUGGCUUCGGUUUCCGCUCUGCAGUACUCAACCCCAGCAACGGCAGUAACGACAACCCAGGCCAAGGUUUCAACGGCGGCGUCCCAAGCGAUCCAAACUCGCAUGAUUUUGACCCGGAUAAGGUCAGCACCGGCGGCUCUGCCGGCUCUGGUGGUGACUCGACGCCUGCGUCAAGUGCCAUUACCGGUAGUGAUUGGGUAGCCUAUGGCCUAAUGAUUGUUGGCUGGUUCAUCUUGAUCAAGAGUGUGUCGGACUUCAUUCGCGCCAGACGGCACGAACAGCUGGUUCUCCAGUCUCCAGAUCGUGGCUUAGGUGUUGCUGUAGUUGCUGAGGGUGAAAGUCCCGAGCGCAGUGUAUAGACCUGGGUUUUUUUUUGCUCUCUCCUUUUUUUUUCCAAUUAUCGCUUCGUAUGAUACAUAGCCUCUAAUUGGCAAACCUUUUUCUCUUUAUUGUUUUGUCACGCCCUCUCAGACUCUCUCUCCCUUUCACACAUACAUACAUACACAGCGUAUUCCUUAGUUUGCAUCUUGAAUCGGAGUUUUGAUAUUUCUAGGGUAGGGGUCAACAGGAAACAAAGACACAUCCUGUCCU